AUGAACGACGAGGCGUGCGACGACGCGGGAACGUCGCUUCUGUCGCACGAGAGCGAGCCCGAGUGGGCGCAAGUGGCGGGGAUGGCGAGCGACCUCGUCGUCACCGUCGGCCAGCGCGCCUUCCACGCGCACCAGUACCCGCUGUACGCGUUAGUAGCCUUGCUUCGUUCCCAGUACGCGUUACUAGCCGAGCACGGCAGCAGCAGUGGACGAGGGGAGGGCACCGGGCCCAUACAAGCGAAUCUCUCGUUCCUCCCUGGCGCCGAGCUCUCCUUCGUCCCCAUCGCCUGCCACUGCCACGACCGCCCCUGCCGCCUCUCGCCCCACUCCGUGCUGCUCGUGCGCUCUGCAGCAUCACUGCUAGAGAUGAGCGCGUGUGGGUCCAGCCCAGCCAUGCGCUGCUGCUGCCGCAGCUAG